AUGGGUUCCUUGACUAGAAGUCUACAACUCUUAAUUUUAUGAAUUGGUUUCUUUGAUCUAGACUAUACUCGACAGAGGAUAUCUUCACAUUUUGAUGCAAUACAUGUGUGGUAGGCUUCUAUUUUAGAGUAAUGAUAGUGUGUAGUUUCUUAGAAGCCUCAUCACCAUGACAGUAAAGAAUUAUCUCGUAUACUGUUUACUCUGUUUUUUUUUGGAACUCUGAAGCAUGGUCUCAUCUCCUUUCUAGAGUUAAGAUAGCUGCUUUAUAGGAGUUGCCGACAAUUUAUAGUAUUAAGUGGGCUAAUUUAGAUUUGACCAUUGUUUGUAGGAGCUAUCAAAGGGGACCAACUAUGUCUACACUUGGUGGAAAUGAUGCUCCAGACAAGCUUAAGGGAAAAUAUGCUGCAGUGGUACUAUGUUGGAUUCUUGGAUUUGGGAGCCUUCUCUCAUGGAGCAGUAUGCUGACAAUAGGAGAUUAUUAUAUGGUGGUGUUUCGGACAUACCAUCCUUUAAGAGUACUCACACUCGUGUAUCAACCUUUUGCAUUUGUAACAAUUUCAAUACUUUCAUAUCAUGAAGCAAAGCUCAAUACAAGAAAACGGAACUUAUUUGGAUAUAGCCUUUUCUUCGUUAGUUCUUUUAUGGUUCUAGUUGUGAAUCUAGCUACAUCUGGGAAGGGUGGAGUUGGAUCUUAUGUUGGUAUAUGUGUAAUUAGUGCUUGCUUUGGAGUUGCAGAUGCUUUUUGUCAGGGUGGAAUGGUUGGAGAUCUCUCUUUAAUACCUCCUGAGAUGGUCCAAUCUUUCUUUGCUGGGCUGGCUGCAUCUGGGGCUCUAACCUCUGCUUUGAGGCUAAUUACAAAAGCUGCCUUCGCAAAUCGUAACGAUGGUCCUCGUAAAGGAGCUAUUAUUUUCUUUGCCUUGACAUCAUUUGCGGAGCUGCUAUGUGUUCUUGUUUAUGCAUUCAUCUUUCCCAAACUGUCAAUUGUGAAGUAUUAUCGUGCAAAGGCAGCCUCAGAGGGAUCGAAAACUGUUGCAGCUGACCUUGCUGCUGGUGGCAUUCAAACAAUACCAAGCCAGGAUGAAGAAGAUCCAAAACUACUAGAUCGUCUGACAAAUAAAGAGUUGAUUUUUCAGAACAUAGAUUAUGCAAUUGACCUCUUUCUGAUUUAUGUGCUGACAUUGUCAAUUUUCCCGGGAUUCUUAUCAGAGAAUAGUGGCUCUCAUAGCUUGGGUUCAUGGUAUGAAGUUGUUCUGUUUGCAAUGCAUAAUGUGUGGGAUCUGGUUGGAAGAUAUGUCCCCCUCAUAAAAGGCCUAAUGUUGGAGUCACGAAAGGGCUUAAUGAUUGCGAGUCUUUUUCGUUUCUCAUUCAUUCCAGCAUUCUACUUUACAACCAAAUAUGCAGGUCAAGGUUGGAUGCUCAUGUUGACAUCCCUUUUGGGAUUGUCCAAUGGUUACCUCACUGUUUGUGUCAUGACUGCAGCACCCAAAGGUUACAAGGGACCGGAGCAAAAUGCCUUGGGGAAUUUGCUUGUAUUAUUUCUUCUUGGAGGCCUAUUUGCAGGGGUAACCCUCGAUUGAUUGUGGCUCAUAGGCAAAAGUUGGUGAGAUGAUAUGAAUUUUUAAACCCCAAAUUGGAGCAACUUCUCUCAAAGAAGGAAGUCUGUUUGUCCAAAAUUAGGAGAUUCAUCAUUGCACGACAAUGAAAUGGAAGCUUGUAAGAUGUAAUUUGCUGCAGCAAAUCCUUCACAACGUACUUGAUGGAAACUGGAUGCUCCAGUCACGUUCAGUGUACAUGAAUAAUGUGU